GUGUGAUGGAAAAACUUGGGCUUGGUCCAGACAUUCUUCUGCAGGGCAAUCCCAGACUCAUCUAUGCUAGACUUACUGGAUUUGGCCAGACAGGAAAAUAUGCCAGAUCAGCAGGUCAUGACAUCAAUUAUUUGGCUUUAUCAGGUGUGCUGUCAAAGAUGGGUAGAAAAGAUGAAAAUCCGUAUGCACCCUUAAAUCUCCUAGCUGAUUUUGCUGGGGGAGGUGUCAUAUGUGCACUGGGCAUUAUCACAGCUCUCUAUGAACGUAUCAAAUCUGGCAAGGGGCAGAUCAUUGAUGCAAGUAUGGUAGAAGGCGUAGCAUACCUAAGUUCUUUCCUGUGGAAAUCACAGAACUUGGGACUUUGGAACAGACCUCGAGGUGAGAACAUGCUAGAUAGUGGUGCACCUUUUUAUGAAACCUACAAGACCUCCGAUGGAAAAUUCAUGGCUGUUGGUGCCAUUGAGCCUCAAUUCUAUGAGCAGUUAAUAAAGGGUCUUGGGCUAGAUUCAGAUAAACUUCCCAGUCAGCUGAGUUUCUCCGACUGGCCCAAAAUGAAGGAAAAAUUUGCAUCCAUAUUUGCACAGAAGACACAAGCUGAGUGGUGCGAUAUAUUUGAUGGUACUGAUGCCUGUGUGACUCCUGUUUUAUCCUUUGAUGAUGUUGCCUCACAUCAGCAUAACAAACAAAGAAAGUCUUUUAUCAAAAACGAUCAGGAAGAGAUAAAUCCUAGACCUGCUCCUCUUCUAUCAAGGACGCCUGCUGUUCCAUCGUGUAAAAGAGAUCCUUUUAUAGGAGAACACACGAAGGAGGUACUUCUGGAAUAUGGAUUUACUGAGCAAGAGAUUGCUAAACUUUAUUCUGAUAAAGUAAUAGAAUUCAGUAAACCAAAAUCUAGUUUAUGA